ACAUUACACGUCAUAGAGACACCAACCGUUGUAAAUAACUAACCACCAAAGUUCGUUAGAGGAAGCGAAGGAAACAAAAAAUGGAAGAGAGACUUCAAACGUUAGCACAACAUUUCAGACUCCAAACACCAGUCAAACCACCCGCCGCCGCCGCCCGAGCUGCCGUUCUGGUAUGUCUCUUCCAAGCCGACGACGGUCAUCUUCGGGUCAUUCUAACCAAGCGAGCCUCAACUCUCUCUUCUCACUCUGGCGAAGUUUCGCUCCCCGGCGGGAAAAGGGAGGUUGGUGACGGUGAUGACGUGGACACGGCGCUCCGGGAGGCCAAGGAGGAGAUCGGAUUGGAGCCUUCAUUGGUCAACGUUGUUACUGUUCUUGAACCAUUUGUGAACAAGCAAGGAAUGCCAGUUAUUCCUGUUAUUGGCAUACUUAAUGCAAAGGAAGCUUUCAAGCCUGCUCCAAAUCCUGCUGAAGUGGAAGCAGUAUUUGAUGCUCCCUUGGAAAUGUUCAUCAAGGAUGACAACCGCAGACAAGAGAUGAGAGAGUGGAAUGGGAACAAGGCUGCAUCAAUUGUAUACGAACGGCCACCACCUUUUGAGGAGCAAAAUCCCAGUUAUAAGGCUGCUUUUGCUGAAAAAACUAAUGGAAUGGGUUCAAGCAACCUAGAACAGAGACUCCAAACUCUAGCACAACAUUUUAGACUCCAGAAACCAGUGAAACCUGAUCUAUCACCUACCAGUACCACUGGCUCGAUCAAAAGAGCUGCUGUUCUGGUGUGUCUUUUCCAUGGGGAAGAGGGCAACCUGCAUGUUAUUCUCACAAAGCGAGCCACAACUCUCUCUUCUCACUCUGGUGAGGUGGCUCUCCCCGGCGGUAAAAGAGAGCAAGGUGAUGCUGAUGAUGUCGACACUGCUCUCCGGGAGGCGAAGGAAGAGAUUGGUUUAGACCCUUCCCAAGUCAACAUUGUCACCAUUCUUGAACCUUUUGUGAACAAGCUUGGUAUGACAGUGGUUCCUGUAAUUGGCUUACUUUCUAACAAGGAAGCAUUUGAUCCAGCUCCAAAUGCUGCAGAAGUGGAAGCAAUCUUUUAUGCUCCAUUAGAAAUGUUUCUCAAGGAUGAGAACAGAAGAGCAGAGGAGAGAGAAUGGAUGGGAGACAAGUAUCUGUUACAACAUUUCUACUUUGAAGAUCAUGGUAAAGAGUAUGACAUAUGGGCUAUAACUGCUGGAAUUCUGAUCAAGACUGCUUCACUUGUCUACCAGCGCCAGCCAGCUUUUCUUGAACAGAGGCCAAAAUUUUGGAGUGGAACUGCUCAUCAUACCACAGCCUAGGUUCAACGGCAUGAUAUUUCUCAUGUGAUACAUAUAUAGAUAUUUAUAAACUGCUCAUCAUACCACAGCCUAGGUUCAAAGGCAUGUUAUUGUUUCUCAUGUGAUCCAUAUAUAGACAUUUACAAACUGCAUUGCUUCAGCUGCAAUGUACAUGUCAAUGUAUACAGUUCGGGAAGAGUGUUAAGACAUAUUUCCUGGCUAAGUUAGUUCAGUUCAGACUGUUGAAUUAUCUCAGAUAGAAAACAAUCUAUAUAUAGCAG